UUCUGUGACGAAACAAAAAGAGAGAGAGAGAGAAUUGAAGUGAAGAACCAAAUAAAUCCACUGAAUUAAAAAAGCAGAAAAAAAGUUAAGAGACAGAGAAAUGGAAAAAGAAGAGAAAAGUGACGACGAAGAAAAAGGAAUAUUAAGAAGAGGAGCAGCAGAAAAGGAGGAAUUUUUUGGAUUAAAGUUUAAAUCCGGGAUUUCAGUAAGUAAAGAGAGGGUCCAUUACUGUACAACACCAGUGCCCACCUGGAAAAUUCAUCAACUCAACAACGGGAAACAAAACUUUGCUAUUACUUGUUUACCACCACCACCUUUAACAAUUUCUGCUAGAAAACUUGGUGCUCAACUCUGGGAAAGCAUUCAAAUAAUCCUACCACUUUCUACUGAAAUGCGUAAAGGUACUUCUUCUAGUGGUGUUAAGCUGAGGCAACUUGCAGAAAAGGGGUGUAAUGAUCAUCCUCCUCCUAUCCAUUUGUCUGAUCCAUCUCCUCAACAGCUAGAUAGUGCAGGCAGUUUAAGGAGGCAAAUUGAAGCAUCCCUGAUGAAGCACCAUCACUCUAUUGAAAGGAACAGUCAUGCUCUACAGCCUGUUUCACCCGCAAGUUAUAGCAGCUCAACGGAGGUAACAGCAUACUUCCCGCCGGUAACUCCUACUGGUUCCUCGAAUAUCAGGAGAAGCCACAGAGAAGCAACUUGUAACCUUAAAACGUCAACAGAGUUACUACAAGUGUUGAAUAGAAUAUGGAGCUUGGAAGAACAACACACAUCCAAUAUCUCAUUAAUUAAAGCACUCAAGAUAGAGCUAAACCAUACACGGUCACGAAUUAAAGACUUGCUGCAAGAACAGCAAACGGAUCGCCAAGAAAUAGGUGAAUUGAUGAAGCAAGUUGCAGAAGAAGAUCAUACUCGCAAGAGUAAGGAGCAGGCUCGUGUGAAAGCUGCAGUUCAAUCUGUCAAAGAUGAACUAGAAGAUGAAAGAAAGUUGAGGAGACGGUCAGAAACCCUUCACAGGAAAUUAUCUCGAGAGUUGUCCGAAGUGAAGUAUACAUUUGCGAAGGCUUUGAAAGAAUUAGAGAGUGAAAGAAAAGCACGAAUGUUGUUGGAAGACUUGUGUGAUGAGUUUGCUAAAGGAAUAGGAGAGUACGAACAUGAAGUACGUGCAACGAAUCACAAAUCUGAGAGGGAUAAUUGUUGCAGGGAUGACCAUGAUAGAUUGAUACUUCAUAUUUCCGAAGCAUGGCUUGAUGAACGGAUGCAAAUGAAUCUUGCUGAGUCUAGAUUCAAUCCAACUGAAAAGAAUACGGUAGUAGAGAAAUUGAGUACAGAAAUAGAGACUUUCCUUCAAGCUAAACGAUCUGGUAGUUCUAAUUCCAAGAGCAGUGAUAUUUUACACCCCAAAGACUUACCAAAUGAUGUUUCUUUACGUCGUCAGUCUCUCAAGUCAGUCCACUUGAAUGACACUGUAACUGCACCUCAAGCUGCACAAGACAAAGGAGAAUCUCAUUGCAGUGAUUCCCAUUUUAUAGAGCCGAACAAGAAUGAGAGUGAAAAAGGAAGCAACAUAGCAAAUGGAAAGGAAUCGGUAGAGAUUCAUCCUGCAGAGACAGCAAGAGCUAACUCUACAAAGAAAAGACUAGGAUCUCGUGAGAGGACCAAUAGUCGUACACUGUCCAACAUUCAGUUUGAAGAACAGAUGGCUUCCGUCAGAGAAAAGCAAGAGUUAGUAAGAGAACAAGAAUCCGACAUUCCCCAUGAGUUGGAAAACUUUCUGACCUCUAAAGAAGGAAUCCUUGAAAGAAAUGUUAAACGAGAUGGAACUCAUGGAUCAAAAUCUAAAAAUAUGAACAAUAACUUGGUAACAAGUCAAUCAAUGCUGUUGGAUUGCGAGAAGUUGUAUCCAGAGAAAAAUUACAAGGAAGAUUUACUUGGUCACUCUGCAUGGAGACGUAAUGUUAGUCCUGAACGGCAAUGGAGUUCAAAAUUUACCUCACCUGACAUUGAGAUAUCUGCAUCCUCAUCUAAGUGGCCUCCUCGAGGAGUGCAGGAGACUACUUUAAAAGCGAAACUGCUUGAAGCAAGGCAAGAAGGCCGCCGUUCACGUGUUACACCUUCGAAGGGUACAUCUUAGGUUAAUGAAUCCCAGGUAUUGGCCUGAAUCAUAUCGGAAGUCCUGAUCUUGAUUCCAUGGGUUAUGUGAAUAAGGUACUUGCUUCUCUGUCUAUCAUAUAGCUGAUGUACUGUUGUGCGUAUGUAUAUCUGUGUUAAGUAAGCUUUAGAUCUUAUAGAGUUGUGUAGUUUUGGAAAUCUGGAGCUGUAUAUUUCCGAAUUGUUCUUUUAAUUAUCAACGGUAUUGGCCCAGAAUUGAGUUC